AGCAGAGAGACAGACAGGGACUAGGACAGACACCUAGAGAAAGAGAAGAAGCCGCGCUCUAUCAGGGCUUAGCCUCCAACUUGUUUCAGUUCAUUCAUCCUUUUUUCCCUCUCUGCAUCGGGGAAGUGACUGUGGCACUCGGUCUCUCCAAGUUUCUUUCUAAGAAGAUGAUAAUCACACAAAUGUGGCUCUUCUAUGUGACCAGAGUUGGACUUCUUUUCCUGAUUAGUAUUCUCCAUGGAACCACUGGCCAAGGGGAAUCAAGACGACAAGAACCCGGGGACUUUGUGAAGCAAGAUAUUGGAGGACUCUCUCCUAAGCAUGCUCCAGAUAUUCCUGAUGACAGCACCGACAACAUCACUAUCUUCACUAGAAUCUUGGAUAGGCUUCUGGAUGGAUAUGAUAACCGUCUGCGACCAGGGCUUGGAGAUGCAGUGACUGAAGUGAAGACAGAUAUCUACGUGACCAGUUUUGGCCCUGUGUCAGACACUGACAUGGAAUAUACUAUUGAUGUCUUUUUUAGACAAACAUGGCAUGAUGAAAGACUAAAAUUUGAUGGACCCAUGAAGAUCCUUCCACUCAACAAUCUUCUGGCUAGUAAGAUAUGGACUCCUGAUACCUUCUUCCACAAUGGCAAAAAAUCAGUGGCUCACAAUAUGACCACACCCAACAAGCUGCUCAGACUGGUGGACAAUGGGACCCUCCUCUAUACAAUGAGGUUAACAAUACAUGCUGAAUGUCCCAUGCAUUUAGAAGAUUUCCCUAUGGAUGUGCAUGCCUGCCCACUGAAGUUUGGAAGCUAUGCUUAUACCAAAGCUGAAGUGAUUUAUUCUUGGACUCUUGGGAAGAACAAAUCUGUGGAAGUAGCACAGGAUGGCUCUCGCCUGAAUCAGUAUGACUUGCUUGGCCAUGUUGUUGGGACAGAGAUAAUCCGGUCUAGUACAGGAGAAUAUGUCGUCAUGACAACCCACUUUCAUCUAAAGAGAAAAAUUGGCUACUUUGUCAUCCAGACCUACUUGCCAUGUAUCAUGACUGUCAUUCUGUCACAAGUGUCUUUCUGGCUUAAUAGAGAAUCUGUCCCUGCUCGUACAGUUUUUGGUGUCACCACUGUUCUCACCAUGACCACCUUGAGUAUCAGUGCCAGAAACUCAUUACCUAAAGUGGCAUAUGCGACGGCCAUGGACUGGUUCAUAGCCGUUUGUUAUGCCUUUGUAUUUUCUGCACUGAUUGAAUUUGCUACUGUCAACUACUUCACCAAGCGGAGUUGGGCUUGGGAAGGCAAGAAGGUACCAGAAGCCCUGGAGAUGAAGAAGAAAACACCAGCAGCCCCAACAAAGAAAACAAGCACCACCUUCAACAUCGUGGGAACCACCUAUCCUAUCAACCUGGCCAAGGACACAGAGUUCUCCACCAUCUCCAAGGGUGCCGCUGCUCCCAGUGCUUCUUCAACCCCAACAGUAAUUGCUUCACCCAAGGCCACUUAUGUGCAGGACAGCCCUGCUGAGACGAAGACCUACAACAGUGUCAGCAGGGUUGACAAAAUUUCCCGCAUUAUCUUCCCUGUACUCUUUGCCAUAUUCAAUCUUGUCUAUUGGGCUACAUAUGUGAACCGGGAAUCGGCUAUAAAGGGCAUGAUCCGCAAACAGUAGAUAAUAGUGGCAGCACAGCAACCAGAGCACUGUAUACCCCAUAAAGCAUCCAAUUUCCCAAACUGCAGGGCUCCCUUUCUUCAUGUGUUUUAUGAUUCUGUUAACCCUCUUCCAAACUGAGUGUAAUCACUUUCUCAUUCAUAUUUAUGAACCUCGAUGAAAAUGAAACAACAGAAAAAUGACUUUUCCCUUGAACAUUGCUUGGAUUGAGCCAAACACUGCCAUUUGUCCAGUUUCUCAUCUUAGUAUGCCAGUCUCCCCCAGCUGAUGGCACUGCAUGUGUUUAAUUUCACUCUGCCUACCAGAGAAGUAUAGGAGAAUCUACUUAUAGGGGAAUUUAUUCCUUCUAGGGGAAACCUUGGCUAUGUGAGGUCCAGGGUGUUGAGAUCCAGGAGGAUUAUUGUUGACUAGGCUUCACUGGAUGGUUCCAACUCACUAUGGAGUCAACCUGAAUUGUCUCAUAUAAUACCUCACAUGCCUCCAUCAGUUCUUACUUAGACAUAUGAACUGUUAGAAUGAGGAGAAGCCUGUAGAAACUUCUGAAGUAACCCCUUAAAUAGUUUCUUGCCUUGGAAGUCAGUGGGAACAAUUGAGGCUCACCUCUAUCAAACAUGUAUGAUUUUUUAAAAAAAGAACUAGUUGGGUCUUUCCAGCAUUAAAUCAAUGGGCUUUACUGUAGUUUCAGCCAGCCCCACAGAAAAGUAGCACCUCAAUAUAUAUCCUCUCAAAGAAAGUCCCCUUGCCUCAAUAACACUGAGCCCUUUAUAGCCAACUGAAUAUUGCUUACUUUGAAUUUAUGGCUACCUGCAAUCUCAUCUGGGGAAAAAAUGAACAAACACUUUUAACUUAAAUUAAAAAGGUACAUGUACACACAAAAUAAUCUAGAUCAAAUGUCUAUACAAGAAUUGUUUAAAGACGGGGAAUAUAAGAAACUCACCUCCCUUCCAAGGCAAAUAGGCAAAUAGUAGAUGGAAUAAGAUGGUUUGUACUGGGUGACGGCUGAAAUCUGCCUCAGAAGAAAGGGCCACAAACAGGGGAAUGUCAACUUUUUCUUCUGCAUUAUACAUAUAGUGCCCUCUUUCAGGCCCAGUCACUUUGCUACCAUUAUGCCAAGGACUUCUUACCUACUUUGGAUGCCAUUUGUAAUAAGGGGUGAAUUGCAGAUUCAUACAAAUAUCUCUACUUAUUUUUGAGUCUGUUAAAUCAUUAACUUUAUUACCAAUUUUAUAAUGUAUUAGAGGCCAUUUGAUCUUAUUUAUUCUUAAAUGUGAACAAAAAGAAUAGGCACAAUUUUUAUAAGGUAGUCCCAGAAGUUUGAAUAAUUUGCCUGUACUUCUUAUAAAUGUCUUUAAUAAAUAUCCCACACACAUUUCUAAAGAUCAAAUGAAAGAAUAACUGAGAAACCAGAGCCAUUCUGACCUUAGAAUCAGCAUAACCAUAGUGGGCCCUCUGGGUCAUGAAGACAGUUUGGAUGUUAUAAAGGUCCUCAGAAAGGAAACAAUACUACUAGAUCACUUCUAGUAGUAAUUACGCAAAAGAAUGAGACUGUUCAAUACAACUGCCCCAGCCUCUUUGGAUCUGAACAGCUCAACUAGUCUAGAGUAUCCAAAAGGUCCAAGGUAAAGCCACAAGUAGCACUACAAGCAGAGUCUCCCUACCCAUUCAUUCACUGAACAAAGCUCCUAAGGGGUGUAUCAUUAAAUGCUGGUUGCCUUUUCAUUCAUCUUUUCCUUAUCCCCUGCUUCCUUGCCAUUGUUGGGAUAAUGCAUGCCAGUCCCAUUAUUCUUAAGACUGUGUCUGUAGGUAAACUUAUGACUAGAAGAGUGUAGUCUUGUGGAUGUGUGUGGAUGGGGGGUGGGUGGGAUGGGGGGCUGUUAAUGAUUGUCUUAAGGAAUUUAGAAUGGAAGCCUGACCUUUGCCUCUCUGUAGAAAUUGUGUUUCCAAAUGCUUUGGUGUAAUGUUUAGCGGCUGUUUAUUAAACUCUAUGAAUUGUACUUA